CAGAGUGGCACUUGAUUCGACCACACGGCUGCUCGCCGCAGUGACGUCUCUGUCUCCACACCGGGCGGGAUAUCCGCAGUAGUAAGUGAGCUAAUAACAUGGCGAAGACUUACGAUUACUUGUUUAAACUACUUCUAAUCGGCGACUCCGGCGUCGGGAAGACCUGCGUGCUAUUCCGAUUUUCAGAAGAUGCCUUCAACUCAACGUUUAUCUCUACUAUAGGUAUUGACUUCAAGAUCCGAACAAUAGAAUUAGACGGGAAGAAGAUCAAGCUACAGAUAUGGGAUACAGCAGGACAGGAGAGGUUCAGGACCAUCACAACAGCCUACUACAGAGGAGCCAUGGGCAUCAUGUUAGUGUAUGACAUAACCAACGAGAAGUCCUUUGACAACAUCAAGAACUGGAUACGGAAUAUAGAAGAGCAUGCAUCAGCAGACGUGGAGAGGAUGGUCCUUGGGAACAAAUGUGAUGUUAAUGACAAGCGACAGGUGUCCAAAGACAGGGGGGAGAAGCUAGCGCUGGAGUACGGUAUCAAGUUCAUGGAGACCAGUGCAAAGGCAAACAUCAACGUCGAGAAUGCCUUCUUAACCCUCGCCAGAGACAUCAAAGCGAAAAUGGACAAGAAGCUGGAAGGCAACAACCCGCAGGGCAGCGCUCAGGGGGUAAAGAUUACAGAACAGCCCAAGAAGAGCAGUUUCUUCCGCUGCACACUCCUGUGAGAUGACGGGAGUGUCGGCAUCCACCAUCGCCUUAACUGUGUCCCCCCCCCACUGGACAGAACUGGACAGAGCACAUUCUGACGUCUAUCUCUUUUAUCCUCCUCCACUUGUCUUCCUCUUUCUCAUUCUGGGUUCGGUCUGCGCUUAUCUACGAGGAACAACAAACAUUAAUAGCUACCUUAGUCGACCAGUCUUCUAUGGCCUCUGUUACAUGCAAAAUCUCUUUUCUUUCUUUCUUUUCUUUUUUACAGACCUUCGGUUUCAACUUAAUUCCUUAAACGUUAUUGACUUUUAAAAACUGCCUCCCGAUGAGACACAGAGUGAUCAAACCACUUUUUGUAAUUAAUUGAUCAGUCUUCAGGUUAUUAUCUUACAAUAAUGUCUGAUGCCUAGGUGUGUUUUUUUUAAUUUUAUUUUUUACAGCUAUUGUCACUCUGUAAAGUCUUAUAUAGUAAAUCCUUAUCUCUUCAAGCAGCCCAAGUUAUAGAGAACAUGCUCUUUAGUCUAACGGGCUACCUAAUUUUUAUAUACUCAAUCUAUCAAAUAAUGCAACUCACUGUAUCCCUCCAAGGUGAUCAGAGUACAAUCUAUUUAUAUAACAUGUAGGUGUGUCUCAUGGAUUAUUAUUGUUCACCAUAUGAAACGGUAGUGCCAGUGCAUUUUACUAUAUCAACAUUGGAGUUUACAAGUCCUCUGUCCACCUUUUCUACUUCAUGUCUCUCUGUUGAUUUCUUAGGCUGAAACAUUCCAUUCAUUGCUAUUGUGAACACUUAAAUGUGCAAUGUAGUGUAUUUAGAGUCCAGGUUUUGUCUGAAGUAUUCACACGGUUGCCGUUAAGGAUGCCUUCUUGACCACAUAGGUUUGUUUUAAGGGCACACACUUCCCUGUUGUAGCUGCUUUCCUCGUGUUGGGUAUCGCAGGGUUUCUUAGGAAGACAAUUAUUUGUUGCACUUAUACGGUCGGACUAGCAAUACCGAACUCUAACACCUGGAGGCGAUGCAGUUACACAGCAGUGUCACAGAAGGAAGCACAGAAGGAAGCACAGCGAUGAUGACAUCACAUAAAAAUCAUUGUUCUAUGCAUUCAUACUUUUUCUAGUUGUCAGUUCCAAUGGGGGAACGUUUUAGGCAACUGUUUCUCUGGGCCUUGGAUCGGGGCUGUGCUGUAGCAGUAUUUAUGGAGUGAAACAAACCAUAGCACCAAAUGACAAGUGCCCUUUUAUGUUCUUAUUGAUUAUGCACUUUUCCUUUUGUUCUUUCUGUUGAAAAAAAAAAUCUUAACCUGUGUUGACUGUUUGGUGCAAGUCAAAAUAUAUAUUCAUGCACAACUUUCUCCUUUAACCAAUCUGGGAUUCCUUAAAACAUCCAAGCACUGACGUGGCCUAUGAUUUAAGUGAUUUGAAGUGAUUAUGUUUUUCCCCAUUACAACAUUCCCAUUCAUUCAUAGUUUUUUUUCUUUCUAGAAUUUUAUUCAUUUCAUCCCUACUGAUGCUUUUGGGAACCCCAGAUGUCCUCUACCCCACAUUGCCACAAUCUUUUUCUCCCCCCCCCCCCCCCCCCCCCCACCCUCUACCUGUCUUCUGUCAUCCCGUGUCUCGUUUUGGCCCGGUAUCACAGCCAUCUGAACUAUGCAUUCUGGGUGUGUAGAAAACCUCGAAAAGCUUUGCACAUUUGACUUAAUAAGCUUUAUUUGAGAUUAGAGUUGUGCAUAGGAUCUUCACUGUUUUAUGUUCUGCUGUCACCCCAAAUUAUAUUGUAUGUGCAAAAGGGUUGAGCUGUUCAGGCGUAAGAAUGUGAAACAGAACUGAACCCUGGUUUGAAUCGACCCAGAGGUUUAAUCCUUUCUAGUUCUGCUGAGACGAGUCAUAAAUAACCUGUGGAUCUAAAUCAUCAUUGUCAUCUUUGAUGGACUCGACUCAAAAGCUUCAGCUCUAUUUUGGUUAAACUGACUCGCGCACAUAUAAAAUACAGUUUUUAGACUUGAGUUUGGCUUAAAUUUGGUCUGUAAAAUGAGCUCAGUCCUUCUUUCUUCUCGCCCCAUUUUAAAUCUGCCAAUUGUCAGUCAAUAUCUUCAACACAGUCUCUAACUGAGUUUGGAUUUUAUCACUGAUUAUUGAUGGAUUUCAUGGGGGGAGGGAUUUAAACAAUUCAGCAAUUGUAAAUAAGAUCUACAAUGAUUGUACUGUAGUUUCAUAAAUCUUAUUGCAUCUACACUUUUUGUAGAUAAGUGUUCUAUGAAUUAUUAAAAAUGAGAUUCUUAACAAAA